AUGGAUCCAUAUUCCAGUAACCAAAUGGCUGCUCAGGACGACCAGCACUUCAUAAAGGGCCCAAAGCGAAAACGUCUCACAAAGGCCUGCGAUCACUGCCAUAAAAGCAAGCGCAGAUGCGACGGCGCGUUGCCUUGCAGCAACUGCUACUUUGCCUCAAAGACUUGCUCCUACACCGAUGCCUCUGGCCGCCCAGUGCCCGCUCCCAGGCCGUUUCAGCAGCCAGACAGGGCUGACUCCAGUGCCCAGGGCACAAGCAGAAUACCGCCAAAUGCACCGCCAAUACCGCCCACAUAUCCCCCAGACACCCGAUAUCCUACCUUUCCCCCACAUCCACAACCGCAUCCCCCGCAGAACCGUAAUCAAGCCAAUGGCUACCCGCCGAAUGUAUCACUAUCACCUACUACACCAUCGAGUGCAACCGCAGCAACGCCCGCACCCACACAGGGCGACCACAUCGAACCUCCGGAAGACGAGGGCCUUGCUCUGCGGAAACGCCCACGGGCCGAUCGCGAUGGCAUGCCCAUCGACCCGCCGAAUGCAACCCUAGUCAUAGAGCGCCCAGUUCAAGUUAGCCUGGAUCAUGGCCUCACCCGCGAACUAACCAACUUGUUCUUCACCCACUGCCACCCUGCUCAUGCCAUCAUACAUAAGCCCUCAUUCUCCACAGCUCUCCAACUAAACCGUGUCCCUACGUAUCUACUCCACGCCGUCUGCGCUCUCGCCGCCCCACUAUCGAAGCAGCUUCGCCUUCGCACCAACCCAAUGCGGAACGCAGGGCGUCCCUUCGCUCAAGAGGCCAUGAGCCUGAUGUUCGACGGCGCCGGCCGAUUGAAGGCAGACCCUAAUUUAGCUACAGCCCAGGCCUUAUGUCUGCUUCAACUGCACGAGAUGUCCGUCUUUGAUACCAGCGCAGGCCUAACUCAAUGGGGGACUCGAUAUCAUGACCUCGCCUUGCAAAUCAUCGAUUCUCUUGGCGUACAUGCUCCUGAACAUCCCACGCUGACACCUGUACCCUCCCCCGAAUUUAUCCACAAAGCGGUGGAACAUGAAUGCGUGCGACGGAUAUUCUGGCUGAUAUAUGUAAUUGAUGUGAUGAAUGGUUUGUACUAUAAGAAGCGUGGGGCAGGCUGGGAGCGCGCAAUAGCUGGAGCUGGCAUGCCUGGAUUGGGUCGACAUUUAAUCUUGCGGGUGGAGGAGGGCCAAGGGACUGGUCGAUUCACUCAGACGGAGCUGAAGUUGCGGCUUCCCGUUGACGAGACGAGUUUCGAGCUCUCAGUUCAUUCAACCUUACCAGAAUAUCUCUUUUUACCCGGAAUUCGCACACAAUACGCCUCCGAACUCGGCCAUCUCAUCAGAGUGCUUACCAUCUACGCCAAGAUAGAGCAUGCCCUGGAUUUACUCAACGACCCAGACGCACACGGCGACCCGCCUGCAGUGCUCCAAGAGGCCGAGAUAGCUCUUGACUCUUGGGCAAAUACACUGCCGGAUCAUCUGCGCUUUUCGGAGCAGAGUCUGCAAGUGCAGCUCUCGAUGUUUGAGACCAGUUCAAAUACUGGCGCGUGGUGUUAUUGCAUGACACAUGUGCUGCAUGCCAGCGCAGCAUUGAGUUUGAACGCCGCGCGACAUCGAUCACAAUGGGCGUUCCAACGUCCCGAGGUACAAUGGGCAAUUGCACAUCUUGAGUCAAUCACCAACACUCUCGGUGGCAGAGCCAAGAACAGCGUACUUCUCGGCGCUGUGAUAUGGGCAACGGUCAAGUACACCAAACCCGAUGAGAACAAGAUCCGUGGCUGGGCAGCCGAGCAUGAAGAAUUCACGGCAGUCAAGAUGCACGAACUAGCGCAGAAGGAAUGGCGACUUGUUCAUUCUCCUCAGCCUCGCCCCUUACCUUAUCCACCCCAGGUUCCAACACAUCAGCAUUCACAGUCGCACAUUCCUUCUCAGCGCGCACUCCCUCCGCCUGCACCAUCCUCGCAUCAGCACCAGCCAUCACCACAGCACCCUAACCACCUGCCUGUCCGGAGGCUUUCAGAGGUACGUCCGCCACAGAGCAUGCCAAAUAAUGGGAUACCGGUCCCUCGGCCUCCCCCACACCAACACGGUGGGGACGUCUCCUAUAACAAUCGUGGAAGAAGUCCAAGUAAUUCGCCAUCAGCCUAUCCAACAAACCACCCCGGAGCGAAGCUAUUGGAUGAGGUCCGUUUCUUCGGAGGAAGGGGGCCUGGGCCUAUGCAGGGUGUUGAGAGAGAUAGGGAGCGAGAUAGGGAAAGGGAAAGGACGAACGGGGUGGUGAUUGGGGGAUCAGGGUCACAAUCAGUGGGGGACUCGAAGGAUUCGAGACGAAUGGUACACGACGCGGACAUUGACCCGUCCCUAGGCGACGGAAUAUACCCAGGCUCACGAAGGAACGAGGCAAUGGGGGUUGGGAGUAUACAUGGAGAAGGGGGGUCCCAGGCGCAGUCCUUACCAUCGCUGAAAGCAAGCGGUCUUCUCGACUGGCAGCAGAGAGAUAUGGCAAAUGGAUCUGGACAACCCAUGGCGAGAUCGCCACCUUCAUCCUUGCUUGGAGGUGAACCUAUGGACGUCAAACCAACAGGUCCAUCAUCGGCUAUGCCUCCUGUCGGGCUACCAUGGCUCGCUAACGAAUAG